AUGUCGUUUCCAUUGCUACUUGCCGGUGUGCUUCUUCACCGGAGAGGCCCAAUCCACCGAUCUCCUCCCCUCCUUCGCCCCUUGAUGGCUUUAGUGAAGCCCGUGGCUCUUCUCCGACCUGUAUCCUCCGCAUCUCCCUCUCGUCAUUUCGAGAGCUCGGAGGUUACUCAGGCGAGGCCAUCUCCUUCACCUGAGCCGCCUGAUCUGCCAGACUCGAACUCUGCAACGUCGCGCGUGCUCAGCCCCUCCACCUUCCACCACCGCCUAGCUAAACUGUCAACCUUCCUAGAUCUAUACGGCAGGAGAUCUAGCUACGGUCCACGGUGCAACAAUGGCGGUUGCUCGAACCACCACCAUCUCCGAGAUAUCUGUCGACUCCGCUGGUCGUCGACUGAGAUCAGAAUCCAUUACCACCGCUUACCCGGUUCAACCGUAACCACCGCCGGCGAAAAGUCUCUCUAUAGAGAGUAA